CGUUCUGACGUUUCGUGUCGGAUUUGUGAAAGAGGUGGAUCGCCAGUUUUUUGUUCGACACGAAGAUAAAAACACUCAAUUAAAAUAUCACAUAUCGUGUAAUUAAAUCAAUGCAAUUGUGUUCACAGUUUUGAUUAUGAAACCUUUAAUAGAUUUCGAUGAGUGCCUCAGAGAUUCACCAAAAUUUCGAGAACAGCUGGAAACGGAGGAGGCGAGUAUCGACGGCUUGGAGUUGAAGCUCGAUAAAGUCCUCAAGGCAUGUUCUCUUAUGAUAGACACAGGAAAAACAUACAUGACUCAUCGAGGUGCUUUCACAAAUGCACUAUGGGAUCUGAGUGGUUACUUCUCGGAGGACCCCACGGUGAUAGCCACGCUGAACCGGAUGAUCCAUGCACUGCAGGAAAUGAACAAGUUCCACUCCAUACUCCUGGACCAGGCCUCCAGGACUGUACUCAAGAAUCUCACAGCUUUUAUUAAAGUAGAUAUUAAGGGUGUGAAGGAGAGCAAGCACCAUUUCGAUAAAAUCUCAAAUGAUCUGGAUCUAGCUUUAAAUAGGAACUCACAGGUGUCAAGACACAAACCCACCGACGUGGAGGAGGCGGUGAAUCUCUUACUGGCCACGCGGUCCUGUUUCCGUCACACGGCGCUCGACCAUGUGCAAAAAAUCACCAUGCUGCAGGCGCGGAAGCGCCACGAGAUAUUGGCCACUUUCCUGUCGUACAUGCAGGCGUGCUGCACGUACUACCACCAGGGCGCCGACUUGUCCGAAGAUCUCGAGCCUUUCCUCAAGUCUACCGCUGACGAGGUGUCAACAAUGCGUAACGACACUAAAAUAUUGGACAAAGAGAUGGAGAACCGGCAUACGAUCGUCAAUAGUAAGGACAGUGUGUUACCAAGCUGCAAGCCCCCUGAUGGGAACUGUAAAGAUGGACUGCUUAGUACCCCCUGCUUGAAAAGCUUGCCCAAAAUGCAAGGGUAUCUGUUCAAAAGGACUUCAAACGCGUUUAAGACAUGGAAUAGACGCUGGUUCUACUUAUAUGACAACCGAUUAGUCUACAGGAAAAGGACAGGGGAGCUGAAUGUGACAGUGAUGGAAGAGGACCUAAGAUUGUGCACGGUGAAGCCGGUGCUCGACGGCGAGCGUCGGUUCUGCUUCGAAGUGCUUUCACCCUCCAAGAGCCACAUGCUACAAGCGGAUUCCGAAGAGAUGCUCGCAUCCUGGAUCGCAGCUUUACAACAUGGUAUCCGGUCUGCCAUACAACAAGGUCGUAGCCGCGAUGACUCGAGACUCCAGCACGACGCACCUUCUCUGGAAACCAUGCCUCCUGGCAUGAGGAAGAUCAGAAUAUGGGAGCAACUGCUAAAUAUUCCCGGCAACAACUUCUGCUGCGACUGCGGCGGCCCCAACCCGCGCUGGGCCAGCAUCAACCUCGGCAUCACACUUUGUAUAGAAUGUUCGGGCAUACAUCGAUCUCUUGGAGUACAUGUCAGCAAAGUAAGAUCUCUUACACUCGAUGAUUGGGAACCUGAAAUCAUUAAGGUUAUGGCAGAACUGGGCAACAAAAUAGUGAAUCUAAUCUACGAAGCUAACACAGAAGGGACUACUGUCACCAGAGCAACGCCAGAUUGUGAAACCUCGGUACGCGAAGCAUGGAUCCGCGCCAAGUACGUGUCGCUGUCGUUCGUGAAGGACAUCACGGCGGGCCGGGCGGACGCGAGCGAGCCGUCGCCGCGCCGCGCGCGCAGCCGCUGGUCCGUGCGCCGCGCCCGACGCAGAGUCCGCGGUCCACCAGCAGUCCCUGAAACCAUACCUGAUGAAAAAAGCGACGUGAACAGCAACACCAGCGAGAGUUCAACGAAGUCCGGAUCGGGCGAAAACAGCCCGGUGCUCCUCAUCGGGUCAGAACUGGCCAGUGAGCGGCAAGUCAAUGUCACUCUCAGCCUGCCUUCCGACCACGAUUCUACCGAGGGCGAGGAUGAAAAUGACCUGGAAGCGGAGGAGAUCUGCAUGCUGUCGGCGCAGGCGGUGCUGUGGCAGGCGGCCCGCGCGCACAACGUGCCGGUGAUGCGCGCCGCGCUGGCCGCGCGCGCCGACCUCGACGUGCCCGGCGCGCGCCGCCGAGUGCCGCUGCACAACGCCGUGCUCAGUGGUUCCGUGAUGGCAUGUUCGUUCCUGCUGCUUAAUGGCAGCAAGCUAAAUCCGCAAGAUGAAGACGGCAAGACGCCGCUCCACCUCGCCACCGAGGCCGGCCACACGGCUCAGGUUGUCCUUUUAUUACGGUACCGGGCAGACCAGUCAAUAGCGGACCACGAAGCACAGACGCCGCUGGACAUCGCCGUCAGCCACGCUAACGCUGAUAUUGUCACCUUGUUACGGCUCACAAAGCUGAACGAAGAAAUGCGCGAAUCCGAGAUGUCCUCCAACGACGAUACGUACAACGAGGUGUUCCGCGACUAUACCCAGCUCGCUCACUCGCACCCGGAGCGGCUAGUGAGAGCGAGACACAACAACAACGAGGGAGAACAGCCUAGCGAAUGACGCAGCGGUGCCGCGCGGCGGCGUUGGCUGUGGUAGCGACUGAACGGACCGGGCUUCGAUUCCAGCGCCCCUUUUAAGGUUGGACUAUACCUACCGUAAAAAAGCUUGUGGAUUAUGUA